UCUCUCUGUCCCUCUCUCUCUACUUCUCUGCUCUGCUUUGCUUUGCUUUGCUUUCUCACUCCUCUCUCUCUCUCUCUUCCACAAUGCUCCAUUACUCUUCUAUCCCUGUUGUUUUCUUGUGAAGCAAACAAACAGAAGUAGUAUUGUUUGGCAUCAGUUUGGAGAGAGGAGGACUUGAAGGAGCAGGGAUUUUGAUCUUUUCUGUACUUGUUUUCUCCUGGGAGAGAAGAGAGAGAGAUCUGAAGUGGGUAUUGUGUUGCUUUGCAUGAGUAUUGGGGGUCUUGGGUGAGUGAUUUGGAUCACAGCUGGACCACAUUGUUGGGUAAUUGGGAGGGUAAACCAGAGAGAUCUGAUAUCAUCCCCUGUUUUGCUGUGGUUCUGGGAGAGAGAUGGCUGAGAUUUCUGCAAAGACGCUCAUUCCAGAGACGUUCCAGGGGACGAGGCUGGACAUUGCGGGGCAAAUUGGAUUGGUGUGGGAGCUGGUGAAGGCGCCAUUGAUAGUCCCUCUGCUGAGAGUGGCGGUGUAUAUAUGCUUGACCAUGUCACUGAUGCUGUUCGUGGAGAGGUUAUACAUGGGAAUUGUGAUCAUCCUGGUGAAGAUCUUCUGGAAAAAACCAGAUAAGCGUUACAAAUGGGAGCCCCUGCGUGAAGACUUGGAGUCCGGUAACUCAAAUUUCCCCCAUGUGGUCGUGCAAAUCCCAAUGUACAACGAAAAAGAGGUUUACAAGCUCUCCAUUGGAGCUGCAUGCGGACUUUCUUGGCCGGCCGAUCGUCUCGUGAUCCAAGUCCUCGAUGAUUCAACAGACCCUGCUAUCAAGAACCUGGUGGAGACGGAAUGCCAGAGAUGGGCGGCCAAAGGCAUCAACAUAAGGUACCAAAUCAGAGAGAACAGAGUGGGGUACAAAGCAGGAGCUCUGAGAGAAGGCCUGAAGCGGAGCUACGUCAAGCACUGCGAGUACGUGGCCAUUUUCGACGCCGACUUCCAGCCGGAGCCCGACUAUCUGAAGAGAGCCAUCCCCUUCCUCGUCUACAACUCGGAUAUUGCUCUUGUUCAAGGUCGCUGGAGAUUUGUAAAUGCGGACGAGUGCUUAAUGACAAGGAUGCAAGAGAUGUCAUUGGAUUAUCAUUUUACAGUGGAGCAAGAAGUUGGAUCAGCUACUCAUGCCUUCUUCGGUUUCAAUGGUACAGCUGGUGUGUGGAGAAUUGCAGCUAUCAACGAGGCUGGUGGGUGGAAGGACAGAACAACCGUGGAGGACAUGGAUCUUGCCGUCCGAGCUAGUCUCAAGGGCUGGAAAUUCGUUUAUCUUGGUGAUCUUCAGGUGAAAAGUGAGCUGCCUAGUACUUUCAAGGCCUUCCGCUUUCAGCAACACAGGUGGUCCUGUGGUCCAGCCAAUUUGUUCAGAAAAAUGGUGAUGGAGAUUGUAAGAAACAAGAAAGUGAGGUUUUGGAAGAAGGUAUAUGUGAUCUACAGCUUCUUCUUAGUGAGGAAGAUCGUGGCCCAUAUGGUCACCUUUUGCCUUUACUGUGUGGUACUUCCCCUCACCAUUUUGAUCCCAGAGGUUGAGAUUCCUAUUUGGGGGAUUGUUUAUAUCCCCUCCAUCAUCACCACAUUGAAUGCAGUUGGAACUCCAAGGUCAAUUCACCUACUGUUCUACUGGAUUCUUUUUGAGAAUGUGAUGUCUUUCCACCGGACCAAGGCCACUCUUAUCGGUCUGCUAGAAGCAGGGAGAGCUAAUGAAUGGGUUGUCACUGAAAAACUAGGCGACACUCUCAAGAACAAGGCCAACACCAAAGCAGCAGCCAAGAGACCUCGAUUCAAGAUCGGAGACAGAAUCAAUACCAUGGAGCUGGGAUUUUCUGCUUUCCUCUUCUUCUGCGCAUGCUAUGAUUUUCUCUAUGGGAAGUACUACUUCUAUGUGUACCUUUUCCUCCAAACCAUUACCUACUUCAUCGUUGGAAUUGGGUACGUGGGGACCAUUGUCCCUAGCUAGUGGAGGUGGCAUCCCUCAGUCAAACCACCCCACAUGGACAUGGAUUGGCACAAAUCCACCUUAGUAUUCGUCUUACUGCAUCUCUAUUUCUCUUCAACAAUACAUAUGUGGGCUUCUGCUAGCAACAGUUGAUUGCAAAUUACUACUAUCUUAGCUCUUAAAAACAAAAAUAGGUCAUUCAUCAUGUCGUGCAAAAACCAAAAAAAAAAAAAAAAUCCCAAAAAAAUGCAAGCCAUGACUUCCUUGGAACAUCUCAUGUGAUCACUUCGGGAAAAACCGGGGAGAUACAACAACAAAUGGUGGUAACAUGUGAACACAUUAUAGAGAGUGGUGAAGGAGGAAGAAGCAGAAACAACAUGUGGGUUUAGAGAACAAAAUAGAUGUUGUUAUUUUCUUUGAAUAGAUUGUUUGUAAUUGUGAGAUUUUGUAUUUCUUGCUUGUUUGGCCUUCCAUUUGUUAGUUCCUUUUUUCUUGGUUUUGAAAGGGAAUAAGUUGAUGGCAGAGAAAGGUUUAACUUGUAAUCAAAGCUUUUAUCAUUUUAUAGUCUGUUAUAUGUUUCUUUGGCAUUAGACUGAACUAGGUUUCAAGUCAUCAUAUGGUGAAGAACAACAGUGUUUGGCUA